CUACCACCUUCACAAAAUCUAGCUUAAUACAUAAACGAAUGCACGCGACUGCAACUGUGCCAUGCCCACCGCUCACUCACGCCCUGGACAUGUUGUGAGAGUGGAGGCUAUAUAUAACCACUGAGACCACACUUUUCCAGCCUACUAAGCGUUCUCGCAUAGCUCACGCGCGGCUUGGGGACAGCGGGGUGUGAGGACCGAGGACUGAGGAGGGCGCAACUUUGACAAGUCCCAAAAUAAAACUUUAGCGGGAGACCGCGACGUAGCCUACUGCAAACGACACCAGCCUUCUUUGGAGGAUGGAGGAAGAUGUCCCAGCCAAGCCGUCGGUGGCGGAACUGGCUGGAAAGUUCAAAGGUCAUGCACAACCCAUCACAACUGGAAAUGAAGGGAGUAAGCCUGUCAGGAGACGUCCUCCUCGAACCCUGCAGAUCUCCACCCGACCCCCGGGACAGGGGGAGGAGGAGGAGAAACCAGCCCUAACCAGCCCACUUCCUGCCAAGACGAAGAGAAACUCAGCUCUCAUUGAGAAACUUCAGGCUAACCUGGCCUUAUCCCCCACCGCCCUCCACCCCUCCCCUAAGAGCCCUGGGCUGAGGCUCCUGCCCCAGUCCUUCACCCCCCCCUCCCCCUGCUCCAUCAGGCCCGUUACCACGACAACCUCUCCGGGAAGCAUGGCGGGCCUCCCUCGGUCCGGGGGGGAAGAGGAGCCCCCCGCCACCUUCCAGAUCCCCGCCUCCCCCACGGAGGGAUCCCUGCUGCCCAGCAUCAACAAGAGCAGAGCCCGUGUCUCCAUCCGGCGACGCCCACCCUCUCGGCGACACAGGAAGUCCAGCAGCGGAGAGGAAGUGGGCGGAGGGGCCGAGGGAGAGGACACGCCCCUCUCUACCCCCGAUGGUCCGGAGGCAGGGGGGAAGGGGGAGGAGGUGUUUGAAGGAGAGAAGGAGAAGGAGAAGAAGAAGAAGGAGGACGAGAAG